UUCACUUUCACAAUAUUUUCUUAUAAAUUCAUUACGAUUUGUGUGUCACUCGUAAACGGCUAAUUUCUAUUGUAUUACAUUUCAUAUUGCAGAAGAAUUAUUGAAAUUAUUUUAUAAAGUGGUAAAAUUGUGCAAAGCUCACAUUUGCAGAGUUUGUGACUUCUACCAACCAGUUACUUGCUGCGCUCCGUCAUACCCACGUUUUGAGGAUGUGGCAAAACCCAGGAGUUUAUCCAGGAGACCAAAAUCAAGGCUACCCACAGGGUGGGUAUCCACAAGGCGGUUACCCGCAAGGAGGCUAUCCCCCGCAAGGGGGUUAUCCCCAGCAAGGAGGCUAUCCCCAACAAGGAGGCUAUCCACCGGGAGGCUACCCACAACCACAGUACCCCUCAGCACCUCAACCUGGCUUUCAACCUGGCUAUGGAGGCUACGGAGAGCAACCAGGCUACGGCGGUCCGACGGAAAGCGUCGGCGAGGAUGGCGAGGUCAAGGGGUUCGAUUUUAACGAGCAGAGCAUCAGAAGGUCCUUCAUAAGGAAAGUGUACUCCAUCCUCAUGUGUCAGCUCAUGGUCACCAUGGGAUUCAUAGCUCUAUUCAUAUUCCACCAACCUACCAAGAUGUGGGUGCAUAGGAACCCAGGCAUGUUCUGGGUUGCGUUCGCAGUGACAUUUGUCACUCUGAUUGUGAUGGCGUGCUGUGGAGACGUUCGUAGGAAGGCCCCCAUGAACUUCAUAUUCCUCGGCAUAUUCACCCUCGCGCAGAGUUUCCUACUGGGCGUCGCCUCCAGCGUUUAUGAUGUCGAUGCUGUGUUGAUGGCGGUAGGUAUAACAGCUGCGGUGUGUCUCGCCCUGACGCUGUUCGCACUGCAAACGAAAUGGGACUUCACAAUGAUGGGCGGCGUGCUGCUCUGUUGUACUGUCGUUCUACUUGUCUUUGGCCUGAUCGCCAUAUUCAUGCGGGGUAACAACAUCGUAACUCUUGUGUACGCGUCGCUGGGUGCUCUUCUCUUCUCCUUCUACCUCGUCUACGACACCCAACUUAUGAUGGGAGGCAAGCAUAAAUACAGCAUCUCCCCCGAAGAAUACAUCUUCGCAGCCCUGAACCUCUACCUGGAUAUUGUCAACAUCUUCUUAUACAUUCUGACCAUCAUCGGUGCCUCCAGAAACUAGGAUGCGUAAGGGCCUUCUAGCAUAUGGAUUUAAUGCACCAUUAUUUAAUUAACUUUGUGAAUUUGUUUUGGAUCCAAACGUAUUGCAUUUAUGUGUUGAUAUGUAAAUAGUACUUAUUCAUAAAAAUGUAUAACUCCAAUAUGCUUUUUAUAGCAGCUCUAUAUGUGAUAAACAAGGCCACAGUGUGUGUAGAAAUCUUUCAGGCUACUGCAAAAAUUACUGAAUAUUUAAUUCAAAACUAAAGCACAUUUUAAGUAAUCAUUCACAUAUAUUAAACAUUGCUUUUAUUUAUUUUUUUAAUUUGACAGAUAACACAAAUAUUACGAGUGUUUGGUAUAAAGAUUCUUAAUUCGAAUUAUGAAUUUAAUAAUUAUUUAUUUCAGAUUACAUGAUUAUAUUUCUAAAUACCAU